AUGAUGCGAUCAGCAGCUCGAGUGAUUACGCUCAACAGGGCGAUGCGACGCACGGUAAUGGCCGUUUGGCACCCUUCAUCCAACGUACUGCAACGGGCUGCGCUCCUGAGCUCUGCGAGUGGUUUACCACCGGCGGAAGAGACGAAACAGGUGUCUUUGCCCAGUCAUAUCAAGUUCCGAAUGCCUAAUCUGGAUUUUAAGGAAGUUGGCACUGGUGCGUCUGACACGACGCUAAGCAAGUGGUUCGUGCAGGAAGGAGCCGUCGUGAAGGAUGGCACGCACAUGUGCGAGAUUGACACACCGGACGUUACUUUUCAGCUCGAGUCUGGGGACAUGGGGAUCGUGGCACGACUGUUGGUGGGUGAAGGUACCUGUAAUGUUGCUCCGGGCCAACCGCUGGCUAUCAUAGUGCCUACGGAGGAGGAGGCUGAGGAGUUUGUCAAGGUGCUCAGAGAGAAUCCACGUUGUAUCGAAGGCUACGUUGAGCCGUCGACUCCAACACAGGCGGCUACAGCUGAGGUAGCAGCGACACCGGCUGCGGCUCCUACGGAAAACGCGGCAUCGAGCGACGUGUUGCGCAUGCUGAAUAAGCUGCAGAAAGAAGGUCUGUUUGAAGACGAGAAAGCGCUCAAAUGGCUCAAGUCGCAGGCUCGCAAGAAUGAUGUCCAGCUGCUGACUACUUUCAAGGCAAGUUAUGAUGACGGUGUACUGGAAGACGCGGCGUUUGACAAGGCGUUUUUUGUGCAAAAUGCACUUGAGCUUGCUGAAGAGGGAUUGAGGGUAGUUUCCGAACACGCCGAAAAGUAG